ACUGUAAUGCAGCCGUUAAAACAAGGAAAAGACUAAACUUAUCACAAUAUUACAAUAUUCAAAACAUAAGACGAUAUCUUGUCUCAUAUCACGAUAUUGAUAAUAUAAUAUCGAUAUAUUUCCCAGCCUUAAUUAUUAUGUCAUUAUGAGAUAUUUUCUGAUUAUUUCUAGACAUUAUUCUGUUUUUACAAGAAGCUUUUCUUGUAAAAACACAAAACUUUAAUCCUUAUUUUGUAAAUAUCUUGAAAACAAACUUUUCUCAUUAAACAACAUAAGUUGUUGUUAAAACAAUAAGAAUAUACAGUAAAUACAUAUACACCUUAUCAUCUAAUUUUUAUAUUAAUUACUGAUCUGUUUAUUUUUAUGUAUUUAUUCUACUAUUAUUGUUGUUUUUGUUGUUACUCUGUUAUGAUAAAUGUUCAGUGUUUUAGUGAAACUCACAGAUUGAGGAAGAAUUUUCCAGGUAUUUUUCAGGUAUUUUUCAGGUAUUUUUCAGGUAUGAGGGAUUUUUUUGCUUUUUGAAAAACAUUUGAAAGAUAAAAACAGAAAGAUCGAGUGUUGUUGAAACGUCAGUUAUACAAUAAAAAUAAUGAUCAUUUCCUCUUGAAUUCAGGCUUCAGUUUGACUCUUGUACAUGCAGGUGCAGCAGCUGAUUGGACGCAGCGUUGGCGUAGUUCAUAUCAGACCUGUGACCUACAAAUAAACUCUGAUUGGAGCAGCUGUAAAGACAUAAACUGAUUUAACCAAUUACACAGAGAGAGAGAGAUACGGCCGGUCUGAAGGUCAAACUCUGACGCUCAGAUAUCGACUCACAUAUAUGCAGACAGUCAGAAAUUAAAUAUAACUUUAAAUAUAACAUUUAAAAUAACAGAUUUUGUUUUGAUAAUUAAAACUUUAUCAAGAUUAAUUGAUCCAAACCUUUACUUUGUUCUUAUAAUUUAAUAAAAAUAUAAAUUCAUGAUGUCAGUGAGAACAUUUCAACUCAAAUAUGGAAGCAGAUAAUCUGGACCUGUAACUUAAUUUUCCAUCAUUUAUUAUUAUUUAUUUAUUUAUUAUUCAGUUAUUGUCAUUUAGUUCUGUCUUUUAUGUUUUCUGUCCUCUCACUGAAUUAUGAAGAUGUUUACUUGUUGUUUGUUCUUGUAGGUAUGUCAGAGCUGGAUAUCAUUUAACGUGAUACCGGUAGAGUACUUCAUCACUUCAUCUGAUACCUUUUUUUUUUCUCUACUUCAUUCGACAGGUGACUGUAUGAGUUGUAGCCGCUGUGGUAGUCGGCCAAUCACGCGUCACAUUAAAUUAAAGAACGUUUGUGUUGAUUGGCUGCAAGCAAAACCAACAACUAGUCAUAUUUUUAUUAUAUAUAUCUGAGUACAAAAAAGAUCAAAUGCAGGAAUCUUUUGACUGGAGAAGUUUUGAUACUAGUUUGUUAUUUCCUUAAAAGUAUCUCACAAAAUGUAAAUUAUGAGUCAAUAUUUUACUGGUAAACAGUUUCACCACAAAGACCAUCAGUUAUAAAGGUACUCAUAUAUUAUAUACGUAUUAAAAUAAGAAGCCUGUAGUCUUUUUCAACAUGUACUUUAUAUAGAAACAUAUAUAGUUGAAAUAAAUAGCUGAAUAUACAUUUAAUGAUAUAUUUCAGUGUUGUAUCCCAGUCGGCGUUGGUUCGGGUGAUAAUGAGCAGAUGUUAUAACACAUGAUAAACCAAUUUAGAUUUAAAGUUGAUUUGUGUGCCGCAGGUAAACCAUAAAUACUGUGAUUGAUAACAACAGUACUGUCACUGAAAGGUCAAUUUGGGAUUUUACAACAAGCUGUAAUGAAACUUCACUAAAACUGUGAAAAAAAAGAAUGAUACAUGAUGAUAAUUUAUAAAGAGAUAAGUUUAAAUCUGUCACAAUUAACAGUGAAUACUUUAUUUAUUAUUAAUAUUAUAUGUAGUGAAGACUUAACGCUGAGUGCUUCUAUGGAGGUCAGAAGCCGCCACACGACCCCAGUACACCGUCUUUUAUUGUGAACAGCAGAGUGAAGUCCACCGCAGUCCUGUUACACAAGUUUACAGGUUGAGUUUUUCUUCAACCUGGGAACAUCACGUAGACCGACGGAGGCUAUAUAAGAGCAGCGGUGCACAAUCAGCUGGUGAGGAACGGUUGGAAAUAUAUAUACGAGAAAAAUGCAGACGAUAUUUGGCAAAAAUGGAACAGAAACUCCGGAGCCGGUAAAAGCUCAGGUGAAAGGCUCUAUCCCGGCCUGGCUGCAGGGGACUCUGCUGAGGAACGGGCCCGGUUUGUUCUCUGUGGGCAACUCGGAGUACAACCACUGGUUCGAUGGCAUGUCGCUCAUCCACAGCUUCACCUUCAGCGGCGGCGAAGUGUUUUACAGAAGUAAGUUCCUGAAGAGCGAAACCUACAAGAGAAACAUCAAGGCCGACCGGAUCGUCGUCUCCGAGUUUGGAACCAUGAUCUACCCAGAUCCCUGCAAAAACAUCUUCUCCAGAGCGUUCACGCAUCUCUGCAACGUUAUCCCCGACUUCACCGACAACAACCUGAUCAACAUCAUCCGCUACGGUCAGGACUACUACGCCUCCUCUGAGGUCAACUACAUGAACCAGAUUGACCCUGUUACCCUGGAAACGGUCGGCAGGAUUAACUACAGGAACCACAUCGCCCUGAACUUGGCGACGGCUCAUCCUCACUACGACAACGAGGGCAACACGUACAACAUGGGCACCGCCAUCAUGGGCCUCGGCCGGCCCAAAUACGUCAUCUUCAAAGUCCCAGCUGAUGCCUCAGAUAAAGAGAAUAAGAAGCCGGCGUUGAGGAAGGUGCAGCAGAUCUGCUCGAUUCCUUUCCGUUCCGCUCUGUCCCCGAGUUACUUCCACAGCUUCGGCAUGACUGAAAACUACAUCGUGUUCGUGGAGCAGCCUUUCACGCUGGACAUCGUCAAACUGGCCACCGCCUACUUCAGAGGAGUCAACUGGGGAAGCUGCCUCAAAUUAGACAAGGAAGACAUCACCUUGUUCCACGUCAUCGACAGAAAGACGGGGAAGGCCGUCUCCACGCGUUUCUACGGCGACGCCAUGGUGGUCUUCCACCAUGUCAACGCCUACGAGGACGACGGCCACGUGGUGUUCGACCUGAUCGGCUACAAGGACAGCAACCUGUACGACAUGUUCUACAUCCAGAACAUGAGAAAGGAGACCAGCAACUUCAUCGAAUCCAACACCAGUUUCUCCCCGCCGGUCGUCCAGAGGUUCGUCCUGCCGCUCGACGUCCACAAGGAAUCUCCCAGAGGGACUAACCUGGUGACGCUGACGGACACGAAGGCCCAGGCGGUGAUGCAGGAGGACGGAUCCGUCUACUGCCAGCCGGACUCUCUGUUCGAAGGUCUGGAGCUGCCGGGGAUCAACUAUAACUUCAACACUAAAAAGUACAGAUACUUCUACGGCUCCAGGGUGGAGUGGACGCCUCAUCCCAACAAGAUCGCCAAAUUUGACAUCGUCAACAGGAAACACAUCGAGUGGCAGCAGGAGAACUGCUAUCCUUCAGAGCCGGUGUUCGUGGCGUCGCCGGGAGCCGUGGAGGAAGAUGACGGGGUGAUCUUGUCGUCUGUCAUCUCUCCGGAUCCGAACAUCUCUCCCUUCAUGCUCGUCCUCAACGCCAAAACCUUCGAGGAGAUCGCCCGAGCCGCCAUUCCCGCCAGCGUCCACAUGGACCUUCACGGACAUUUCAUCCCCGCCGCCGUCUGACGGCCAAAUCACGACUGAGUUAGAUAUUUAUUAUUUGGUUUGGUUUGAGAAAUGGAGUCUUCACACUUCUUUUUAUGUUCUUUGUUUCCUUUUUUCAGCACUUUAACAGACUGAUUUUAAUUAAUAUUUAAAACAGGAAACAGAAGCUGCAUCAGGCCAACAAUGUUUAUGUUUUACAUGAUAACUUUUCCAUUAAACAUAUUGAUCACAUUC